UGGUCUGUGGAGAGGCACAGCGCGCUCUGAAGGAGAGGAACACACUCCGCGCUCUGUGCUGCCAACAAGCUGCCUCAGAACACAAGAGAAAACGAACUCCGGACCGGUUGUUUUUGGACCGAGAGAGGAAGGAAAAAGAGCCCGAUUGAAAGGAUAUUCAAUGUGUUUUUCAGCCUCCUCGUCAGGAGUUCCUGUUUUGCUCUCCAAGUGCUAUCCUGCUCCGCACGUUGGCUUGUCAUGCGUCUGGUCCGUCUCUGUCGGACUCCAUGGUUUGGGUUUGAAACGCUGAGCGUCCUGGACCCGUCAGCUGGGAUGUAGCGGAGGGUAGACCCCCUUAAACCAGCUUCAUACCCGCCUACCCCAUCAGACAGGAAUACAGGUGACAUUUGUCGAAGGUAAAUUCAGUUUUAAAAAGGUUGAUGUUGGUUUAUGGAAACUGAAACACUUCUCUGAGAGUCUGCUGACUGUUUUAAACAUUGAUGAUGACUCUCGUCCGGAGGUCAUAGCUGACCCUUUUUAUUUCCCGCCACAUCACUGCCCCUCACCCCAAUGAUGACUAUGAGCUCUAUAUCAGACACUUUAGUCCCGCCUGAUCCGUCCAAAUCGGCGUUUUUGGAGUUCGGCGGCCACAGCUACCCCGGACACCCCGGACACCAGCAGCCCUCCCCCGGCUUGUCCCACAACCACUACCCGGUUCACGGUCUUCACGCCGUCGGACCCUCGCAGCACGACGGGCCCUUCUCCUCCGGCGCGACCUCAUACGGUCGCCCGCUGGGAUACCCGUCCUACCACAGCCCCGUGAGCGCGCACCACCCCGGGGCCUACUUGCCCUAUCAGCACGGGGGUCACGGCAGCGCGCUUGGACACACCAGACUGGAGGAUGCGGAGCACGAGAAGCCCACGGCGGUCAUAGAGAACGGGGAGGUGAGGCUCAACGGGAAGGGGAAGAAGAUCAGGAAACCUCGCACCAUUUACUCCAGCCUACAGCUCCAGGCGCUCAAUCAGCGCUUCCAGCAAACCCAGUACCUCGCCCUGCCUGAGAGGGCCGACCUGGCAGCCAAACUGGGCCUGACGCAGACCCAGGUGAAAAUAUGGUUCCAAAACAAAAGAUCCAAAUAUAAGAAGAUCAUGAAGAAUGGACCCUGUGGACCUGAGGGAGACCACUUAGCACCCCCACCACAGUCCUCCUCUUCUCCUUGCUCCCUAUGGGACAUCAGCAUGGCUGCAAAAGGUGCACCAGUGCACUCUGGAGGAUAUAUGAACAAUUUUGGACACUGGUACCCUGGACACCAGCAGGACUCCAUGCCAAGGACUCAGAUGAUGUGACAGACAGGAGCACAUAACACUUCCAGGACAAAUUAUGGAUUUAUGCCAACGAGCUAGCUCUAGCAAACUAGAGCUGUUAGGGACACAGACCUUGUUGAGAGUCUGAGCCACUCUGGAGGCAAAAAUAGUAUAACUGUCAGAGAUGUAAUGUGGUGAACAGAUAUCGUAUAUAAAUUCCUUUUGGCUGAAAAAGGCAAGGGGAAAUUGAUCAACUACAAGGGUAAAUUCUAAAGUAUAAACAGCUAUGAGAAUCGUUUUAUAAAUUUGAUACAAAUAUUGUUUUGAAGUUAGCAUUUUAGCAUUCACAAAAUAGGUUAUUAGGAGGGUAUCCAUAAAAAUGACUUGAUCUGGCUAGAUGUUAGCACCGCUUCAACUGUAGCAUUUUAAAUAAACCAGCCAGAGGUUAGCCAUGACAAGUGACAAAUCAUAAUUUGAAAUCAACACAUUGGCUCGAAUCACAUUUGCAGAGUGAUUAGAUAUGAACAUAACAAUAUGUGACAACUGAGCGCUCAGUUUGUAUGGGCCUGACCUGAGAACUGGCACCACAUAAAGUCAUAGCACUCUGCAGUAAACUUAAGAAGAUGCAUUCUCCCCACAAAUUCAAGUAAGUCAUGCUAGUCCAUAACUGUGUAAAACUGGGCAACUAGCUUGCUUUGCUUUGUCCUGACUACCACACCAAAGAAGUCUGUUGUUUUACUGUUAUGUUUUUGUUGUUCAUUUUGUCAGUUUGCUAAUUUGAAAUUGUGUAUAUCUGACUUCUCAAAUGUGUUUUUUAACAUUAGCUGACAUUAGCCACCAUAUGUUACUGGUCAUCGGCUGUAGUGGCAACCCCUAAGUGUAUUAAAUGGGGAAAAGGUUUGUUUAAUUGCUUAUGAAUUCAACCUUUUUUUGUAAGAAGAAGAAUAUGUUAUUUCUUCAAAUAUCUCCAUCAAGACAUAUCUCAAUUUAAAAUAGUCAGUCAGGUUAUUUCUGCCUCCAGAGCAGCUCUGCCUGCCAAGACAUUUUGGAUAAAGCUACAACUCAAAGUUAACACCAGCCCUGCAUCUCUAAUACUGGACUAUUUCAGGUUUUUUCUGUAUUUUCAGUGGGUUACUGUGGGGCAGGUAAACAUGUAAAAAGAAGGGUUUUUCAGGGCUUCUUCAUACUUGUUCUUAAUUGAACUAAACUGAUUCAGAUUCUGGUUUUCUAUCACUAAACACUAAUCAAAUUAAAUAAGUAAAGAUUACAGUUCUUUUGAUUCUGACUGUUGUUUAUAUUUCAUGAAUUCUGACACGGUUUUGUGUGACACAUUAAUGGUUCUAUGUAGCAUACAGACCUAUAAAAAGCCAUUAUGAAACAACUUGAUUACACCAGCAGGAGUUCUAAUAAUGCAUAAGAACAAGCAACCAUUUUAUGGUACUUAUAAACCCCUUAAGAGUACAUGGGAAACAGGCAUGGAAUUUCACUGUAUCAUUGCAUCUAUUAUUUCAUUUUUUUUUCAUCAUAAUUAAAGAUAAUUAAAAUAAGAUCAAGUCAAAAACAAAAUGCCAGACAUUUAUUUGAAAUCAUUAUAUAUAAAAAAAACCAUAUAAGAUACAGCAGGUCAUUCAGAACCAAUGUGCUGAUUUAGCAGUUCUCAUAAUUAAUAUAAUUGACAAAAUUAAAAUAAUUGUGCCUUACACUCCAGCCUGUUAUUGUUCAGUUUUGUCCCCAGUCGUUUUUAAAGGGUUUGGAGGUUUUGGUAGUAAAUAAUGGGCUGUUAGAUGCAGGGACGUUGCCAUGCUACACAACAGGGUUUAAUUAAUUGUGGUUCUGCACUUCUGAUUGUGAACAACUUUUCAUCUUUAUUUUCUUUUUUAUGCUUCAAUGGAUUUUAAUGAUGGUUCCUUUUAAAUGUGUCACUCUAACACUUUGUUUAUCCUGCUCUUCUCUUGAGACCUGAAGUAGGAAACUCCCUAUGAACCUCUGUUUCAUGACUCAGCAACCUCUUAAAAUACUGAAUUAAUAUUUUAUGUUAUAUGGGUCAGGAUACACUUAUUUGAAAUAAAUCAAACCCAGUGAUCAUUUUGUUUAUUGAACUUACACCAACCAAGGUUGUAAUUUGUUUUUGCAUCUCGAGCCUUAGAGAUCGUAUCAAUGUUAGACUUCAGUAAUGUUUUGCUGAAACUACAUAGUCCCUCUCAGUGUAAGGUCUUUGUGUACCCCAGUGUCUUGGAGCCAUUUUCUCUAAAGUUGUAAAUCAGAAGAAGCAGGUCACAUCUUUGGCCCUGCAAACAUCUGGAAAAGCAAAAAGAGUCGUCAAACAUCGUCAAUGAUUUUAUAAAAUGACCAUGUCAAUUAUAGGUAAUUUAGGACACAGCUUGUUAAAUAAAGCUUUCACUCUGACGCUGUAAUUAUCUGUAAUUGUCAGUCAAGGGAAUAUCCCUCUGCCUCAGGCCCUAAAGGAAAAGGGUAGGAAAUAGAGGAUUACAUCAAACUGGAUUACUGAGGGCUAAUUCUUUCACAACAAAUUGAUCUGUUGAAUGAAUAUUAAAAAAUGCAUUAAUA